GUAUUAAAUGGAGCGCUGUUGGUGGGAGUGCGAGUUUGUUAUUCUUCCUUUUCAAGGCAUCGUUGAUUGUGUUGAUCCCAGUUUUUGUCUGAAGAGCUGGGCUUCAUUCAAUCAUAUUUCACAAAAUGAAGCGGGUUUGGUUGAUUGGGCUGCUCUGUGCACAUUUAGCUUUCGCAUCUGUGACAGCAGAAGAUGGACUUGACAUUGAUGGGACUGUGGAAGAUGAUCUGGGAAAAAGUAGAGAUGGUUCCAAAACAGAUGAUGAGGUGGUGCAGAGGGAGGAGGAGUCUAUCCAGCUGGACGGGCUGAACGCAGCUCAGAUAAAAGAGAUCAGAGAGAAAUCUGAGAAGCAUGUCUUCCAGGCAGAGGUCAACCGCAUGAUGAAGCUUAUCAUCAACUCACUCUACAAGAACAAGGAGAUCUUCUUGAGGGAGUUGAUAUCCAACGCCUCUGAUGCUCUGGAUAAGAUCAGAAUGAUGUCUCUGACCAACGAGGAUGCACUGGCAGCCAAUGAGGAGCUCACCAUCAAGAUCAAGAUGGACAAAGAGAAGAACAUGUUCCACAUCACUGACACGGGCAUCGGCAUGACCAAAGAGGACUUGGUCAAGAACCUGGGUACCAUCGCCAAGUCGGGCACCAGCGAGUUCCUCAACAAGAUGACGGAGAUUGAAACCGAGGGCCAGUCCACCUCUGAGCUUAUUGGCCAGUUCGGCGUGGGCUUUUACUCUACCUUCCUGGUUGCCAACAAGGUGAUCGUGUCUUCAAAGCACAACAACAGCACACAGCACAUCUGGGAGUCUGACUCCAAUGAGUUUUCUGUCAUUGAGGACCCUCGCGGGGAUACGCUCGGCAGGGGCACCACCAUCACGUUGGUGAUGAAGGAGGAGGCUACAGACUACCUGGAGCUGGAAACCAUCAAGAACCUGGUCAAGAAAUACUCACAGUUCAUCAACUUCCCCAUCUACAUCUGGGCCAGCAAGACAGAGACUGUUGAGGAGCCCAUCGAGGACACCGAGGUGGAGAAAGAUGACACUGAGGAUGAGGUAGAGGUAGAGGUGGAGGAAGAGGACAAGCCCAAGAAGGUUGAGAAGACUGUGUGGGACUGGGAGCUGAUGAACGACGUCAAGCCUAUCUGGACGAGACCAGCCAAAGAAGUAGAGGAGGAUGAGUACAAAGCCUUCUACAAGACUUUCUCUAAGGACACAGAUGAGCCCCUCUCCCACAUCCACUUCACAGCCGAGGGUGAGGUCACCUUCAAGUCCAUCCUGUUUGUCCCCGUUGCUGCCCCCAGGGGCAUGUUCGACGAGUAUGGAACCAAGAAGAACGACUUCAUCAAGCUCUUUGUCCGUAGAGUCUUCAUCACUGAUGAUUUCAAUGACAUGAUGCCCAAAUACCUGAACUUUGUCAGGGGAGUGGUGGACUCUGAUGAUCUGCCACUGAAUGUGUCAAGAGAAACCCUGCAGCAGCACAAGUUGCUCAAGGUCAUCCGUAAGAAGCUGGUGCGUAAGACCCUGGACAUGAUAAAGAAGAUUGCAGAGGAGCAGUACAAUGAGAAGUUCUGGAAGGAGUUUGGCACCAACAUUAAACUGGGUGUGAUCGAGGACCACUCCAACAGGACUCGUCUGGCCAAACUGCUGCGUUUUCAGACCUCCAACAGCGACACGGUGCUGGCCAGCCUGGAGCAGUACGUAGAGAGGAUGAAGAACAAGCAGGACAAGAUCUACUUCAUGGCCGGAACCAGCCGCAGGGAGGCUGAGUCUUCUCCCUUUGUAGAGAGUCUGUUGAAGAAGGGUUAUGAGGUAAUCUACCUGACAGAGCCAGUGGAUGAGUACUGUGUCCAGGCCUUGCCAGAGUUCGACGGUAAGCGCUUCCAGAAUGUGGCCAAGGAGGGCAUUAAGUUUGACGAGAGCGACAAGGCCAAGGAGACCAGGGAGGUCCUGGAGAAGGAGUACGAACCCCUCACCACCUGGAUGAAGGACAGCGCCCUCAAGGACAAGAUUGAGAAGGCUAUCCUGUCCCAGAGGCUGACCAAGUCUCCCUGUGCCCUGGUAGCCAGCCAGUACGGCUGGUCUGGUAACAUGGAGAGGAUCAUGAAGGCACAGGCCUACCAGACAGGAAAAGACAUCUCCACAAAUUAUUAUGCAAGCCAGAAGAAAACAUUAGAAAUCAACCCAAAGCACCCUCUCAUCAAGGAAAUGCUGAAACGCAUUUCUACUGAUGCCGAGGACCAGACUGCCUCAGACCUGGCCAUGGUGUUGUUUGAGACGGCCACGCUGCGUUCAGGCUACCAGCUUCAAGACACCAAGGCCUAUGGAGACAGGAUUGAACGCAUGCUGCGGCUCAGUAUGAACGUAGAUCUCAACGAACAGGUUGAGGAGCCAGAGGAGGAGCCUGAAGAGGCGGCUGAGGAAGAAGAGGAAAUUCAAGAUGAGGAUGAAGCUGAGACAGGAGGGGUCAGGAGACACUAUUUGACAUCAGGAAUGAGUAUAGAAAUUCCUGAAGGAUUGACGGAGCUGUUGCAGAGCUUUACCGUGGAAGUGCUGAGGAAUCAGCCGGGAGAUUUGCUCGAGUUCGCUUUGCAGUAUUUCACCCAACUGAAGGACAGUGAAAUUAGAGGAGCCGCGUUUGGCAAUGACCAAAAUUCGGCCACGAGACCCAGUGGGAAAGCGGUCAAUUUCAUUGAGGAAGCCAUGCAGAUUGAUUCUGAAAAUGGAGAGGAGGAGAGUGACGACGAGGAAUUCACAGCUCCUGUGAUGAGUCGAUUUAUUAGAAGAGCAUCAGUGUGUGCCGAGGCAUUCAACCCUGAUGAAGACGAGGAGGACAAAGAGCAGAGGCUUUCCCAGGUGACCCACCCUAAAACAGACGAGCAGAGGCAAAGACUACAGGAGGCCUGCAGAGAUAUCCUCCUGUUUAAAAACCUGGACCCGGAACAAUUUUCCCAAGUACUUGAUGCCAUGUUUGAGAAGUUCUUUGAGGUAGGAGAGCACAUCAUAGAUCAAGAUGACGAUGGGGAUAACUUCUAUGUCAUAGAAAGAGGGAUAUUUGAUAUCUGCAUGAGGGUUGAUGGCAUUGAGAAGACUGUGGGAGCCUAUGAUAACCGGGGGAGCUUUGGAGAGCUGGCCCUGAUGUACAACACCCCCAGGGCUGCUACCAUCAUAGCCACCUCACCCGGAGCUCUCUGGUGCCUGGAUCGUCUGACAUUCAGGAGGAUCAUUGUAAAGAACAACGCGUUGAAGAGGAGACUUUAUGAGGAGUUCAUUGAAUCACUUCCAUUCCUUACAUCACUAGAGCUUUCAGAGAGAAUGAAAGUAGUGGACGUGCUGUCUUCUAAACCAUUCAGCGAUGAAGAACAGAUCAUCUCUCAGGGUGAUCUAGCAGAUUGUUUUUAUAUAGUUGAAUCUGGUCAAGUUAGAAUCACCAUGAAAAGAAGCAGGACGAAAAAAGACCAAGAGGAUGAGGAGGUCGAUAUAGCCACGUGCUCAAGGGGGCAGUACUUUGGAGAACUGGCUUUGGUCACGAACAAACCCAGAGCUGCUUCAGCUUUUGCUGUGGGAAGUGUUAAAUGUUUAGUUAUGGAUGUCCAGGCAUUUGAGAGGUUGCUGGGCCCCUGCAUGGACAUCAUGAAGAGAAACAUUGCAAAUUACGAAGAUCAGCUGGUCACGUUGUUUGGAAAUAGCACCACUGACAUUGAGGGAAAAAACCUAUGAAAUCCAGAAAGGGAAAAAAGACUAAGGGAGAUGCACUAUGAAGAAGAUGUGAACAACCAGGAUAACACUUUACUUGACACCCAGCAUCAUAACACGUUAUGACAUGGUCAUAUACAUGUCAUAUGUCAUAAAAGCUGACAUAACAUGUAAUAACAUGGUCAUAAUACUGUCAUGACCCAUCUAGUUACACCUGUUGUGACAUAUAUUGUGUUAUUAUAUGGCUGGUUAUGACACCUACAUCAGAAUGUUUGU